AGGUUCCUGUGGUGUCGAGGGUCACGCGCGCGUUGCCUACUUCCUUUCCUGUUACCGUCGGCAUCUGAGAGCCAUCAUCAUGGGCAAAUUCAUGAAACCUGGGAAGGUGGUGAUGGUUCUGGCUGGACGUUACGCCGGACGCAAAGCCGUCAUUGUAAAGAAUAUAGACGACGGCACAGCCGACCGCCCUUACAGCCACGCCCUGGUCUCUGGAAUCGACCGUUAUCCCCGCAAAGUCACUGCCACCAUGGGCAAGAAGAAAGUGGCCAAGAGAUCCAAGAUCAAGGCUUUCGUUAAGGUGUUCAACUACAACCACCUGAUGCCAACCAGGUACUCGGUUGACAUUCCUCUGGACAAAACUGUCGUCAACAAGGACGUGUUCAGGGAUCCUGCUCUGAAACGCAAAGCCAGGAGGGAAGCCAAGGUCAAGUUUGAGGAGAGAUACAAGACCGGCAAGAACAAAUGGUUCUUCCAGAAGCUCCGAUUCUAGACGUUCAAUGGUUUCUCUAAUAAAGCUGUAAAAAUCUG